CCAGACUCUGUUAUAUGAUGCUGAGAGGAGCACAUCAGCUUUCAGUACCCAGUCCACCAGAAUAACUGUGUGUACAUGGAAUGCACCGAGGAGGACAAAGUCACACUGAACUCUUAAUUUUAUUAACAACUUUCCUUUUAACGUGAUAACAAAGGAUAAAUGGAGCGAGGGUGAGAGCACCACGAUGGACUCGGUGGACCAGAGAGAGCAGGAGAAGCUUAUUAUGUUCAUUAGCUUUCCGCUGUCCUCCAUCAUUAUUCUAACCAACCUGCUCAUCAUCAUUGGUAUCGCCUGCAACAAACAGCUCCAUGACACACCCAACUACUUCUUCCUGAGCCUGCUAGUGGCAGAUCUCUGCACAGGCCUCGCUUUGCCCUUUAUCCCUCUGAUGGGUCUCAAUCGCUUGCUGAAUUUUCAGUCCUGCCUGGUUGUACACAUCUUCCCCAAUUUCCUCUUUCUGUCCUUCCUCUUCAACCUGGUCAUGGUACACUACGAGCGGUAUCUGUGCAUCGUCCAUCCACUGCACUACAGCCAGUUUUGGGUGCACCGCUGCUUUCCAGCUGCACUUUUAGCCGUUUGGAUUCCUCCACUACUCUAUGCUAGUUUACCCGCAUUCGGAUGGAACAACUGGAAUGAAAUCUUGGAUACUAAUACAUCCCAUGCUAUUGUUUGUGAUUACAAUUCAAGAGAACCAGGAAGUAGACAUAACUGCUCAGGAAACACAAACAAUGAGGAGGAUUAUUGCUUCUACAAUAAGAUUUUUCCCAAACCCUUUAUCUACUUGGAAGUUUAUGGGCUACUCUUGCCUGCCAUCUUCUCCAUCCUGGCCAUGACAGGCAAAGUUCUCUGGAUUGCUCGAAAGCAACUGCGUGACAUUUGUAAGCUUAAUCGCUCUGUGGAGCACAGCAGGGCCUCAGAACAUGAACAUAGCCUCAAUGUGCGAUACACAAAGUGUGUUGCUGCUGUCUCACUCACCUUCCUGGUCUGUUGGGUUCCCUACAUCGUCUACUUGCAUGUUUCCGUUAUGUUGUUUCGAGGAGCUGGAAUGAGAUACUCGUCCCUUAACAUCAUUCUCUCGUGCACGGGAAUCGGCAGCAUGGCCAUCAUUCCCAUCAUACUCAGUUUUGCCAACAGGCAGUACACAGAGCCAGUACGCAAUCUGCUGAUGAAAAUCAGGACUCGCUGCACUAGAGUGCAGGAUCUCACGAAUCCUACCUGAAAACUCUACAAUUCUUUUUCACAAGAGCACAAAUGUCUUUUCGUACAAGCAUGUAGCAGGAGAUGGACCUCAGUAGUGAAAACAAUGUAGCAGAAUCAAUUUCUUUGUUCAUUCAUAAUGUUUUAUUUCCUAGUUGUUUAUACUGGUUGUUAAGUAGCUUGGGUAAUAACUUCCUGCUAACAUUCCAGGACAAAGCUUCACCAAUGGUUUCCAGUAAUGAUGUGUGAUUUAGGUUUAAUGAUUUGCAGAAGUCUAAUUCCAUUUUUUUUCUUCCCAUCUUCUUCUUCCUUUUUUUUGUUUUUAAAUUACAGAGCCACUAUCUUUAUUGAAUUUAGGUCUGAUUCUCUCUAGAGUAUCACAAAUAGUUAUUUCCUGUUGAAUGAAAUUCAGUCAAAAAAGUAGUGGGGGCACGGUGGCUUAGUGGUUAGCACGUUCGCCUCACACCUCCAGGGUUGGGGGUUCGGUUCCCGCCUCCACCUUGUGUGUGUGGAGUUUGCAUGUUCUCCCCGUGCCUCGGGGGUUUCCUCCGGGUACUCCGGUUUCCUCCCCUGGUCCAAAGACAUGCAUGGUAGGACAAAAAUUGUCCAUAGUGUGUGAUUGUGUGAGUGAAUGAGAGUGUGUAUGUGCCCUGUGAUGGGUUGGCACUCCGUCCAGGGUGUAUCCUGCCUUGAUGCCCGAUGACGCCUGAGAUAUGCACAAGCUUCCCGUGACCCGAGGUAGUUCGGAUAAGCGGUAGAAAAUGAGUGAGUGAGUGAGUCAAAAAAGUAAAAAGUACAUUAAGGAUAAGCGGUAGAAAAUGAGUGAGUGAGAGUCUGUUAAAUUCCAAAGAAACUGCUAGCACAUGGUUGGCAUCACAAACACAAAUAACAAAAAGAAACAACCAGUAAUCACCUGAUAAACCAACUGAAGCUUUUAUUUCCUUUAUACAUGAAACAUCAGAUCUUUAUACUGACACACAUUGCCUUAUGCUCUGACUUUCGUUCACAUGUUUUGGCCAAAUGAAUAUUUUUAAGUUGCUACAACUCAGCUACGAUCCUACAAGUAAAAACCCAUUCAGUGGAAAUAAUGCACAUUUAAUUGUGUUACUCUAGAAAUUUGUUAUUCUGCUUAGACAUUUAAUAAAAGCAAAUUAUUGACAAAUGAUAUUGUAAUCAAUUCUAGCUAGUGGUUUGUUAGUCAGACAAGACAGACAAUGUGAUUUUAUUCCCUAUGGUCUAAUAUACAAUACUGCUAACUAGCUAGAACUGAUCACAGUUUCAUUUGUAUAGGCAAUAAUAAUAUUUACCUAGCAAAACAUUAAUGUUACAUAGACCGCAGUAGUACAUUUACAGUAUACAUAUCUACAUACUGUAUAUUUCUGGAACCACGAUUACUUUAUCAUCACAGAAGGAGAAUGUCCCAUGUUCUAUCUAUCACAGCUUGCUUCUUAAUUUUAAUUAAUUCCCUUGUAAAUGUCUGAAGAUAAAGAGAAAUUAGUCAUCUCUGUCCAAGCACCUAUUUAGUCUCAUAUUUAUUCAGUAAAUAAAAAUGGAUUUGCGGUUAAUCAAAUUUAAGUUGAAUAAACCAUGUAGAUACAUUAAUGUUAAUGAGGUUUGAGAAAUUUUGAGAUUUACAGGAUUAAGCAGACUCCUUUAUCCAUAGCAACUUACAUUUAAUCUCAAUUUUUACAACCACGCAAUUGAGGAUAAAAGGCCUUGCUCAGGGGCCCAGCAGUGAUAGCUUGGUGGACGUAGGAUUUAAACGCACAACCUUCCAAUCAACACCUUAACCACUAAUUUGUAGCAUUUAAUGCAAGCAAUUACACAUUCCCUCAACAGGAACAUACUGUACUCUACCUAUGAAGAGUAAUGCAGCCAUAGUAACAAUUGUGGUCCCUCGAAUGACUUAAAUGUGAUGCUGCAAAACAUCUCCCACUCCCACGCAAGCCCACGCUCGUAUAUAUUUGUUGAACAUCCCAAUUCAGAUUUAGCUUCCCACUGCAGUUAUAAUAAGAUCCACUAUUCUGUGAAGGCUUUCUACUAGAUGUUGGAGCAUGGUUGUUGGGAUUUGUAUUCAUUCAGCUACAAGAGCAUUAGUGAGAUCAGACACUGAUGUUGGGAUGUUGAGGAGGCUCCAGUUCCGGUUAUUCCCACUGGUGUUCAUUGGGGUCAGAGUCAGGGCUCUGUGAAGGACACUCAAGUUCCACUUCCACUCCAGACUUGACAAACCAUGUCUUCAUGGUGCUUGUAGUGUGCAUAAAGGCUACAGAAUACAUAUUACAGAAUACAUAAUGAUUCUGUACUCAGACCGUGCAGAAACUACAGCAUACAUAUUCUGUGUACUCACAAGUUCUUUUUUGGAGAACAAGCACGUAUAAGUGUGAUGGUCAGGUGUCCACAUACUUUUGGCCACAGAUCACAGAUCUCUUUCUCUCUUAAGCACAUACUUUUUUACUACAGUUCCACAAACCUUGGUAGGCAGAGCCAGCGAGGGCAGGUAAUACUAAUCCCUUCUGAGAAACAUACUGUAUGCUGAACCCCAAUUCACCUAUUUAUACUAUGCAUUAAAAGUAUGUAUACAUUUUGUGAAGAAAAAUACAUAGUUUUGAGUGUGUAGCAAAACAGCAUCAAUCACUAGCACAUGCAAAACUUAGACUCUUCAUUGCAUUUUAUUCAUUCAUUCAUUUUCUACCGUUUAUCCAAUCUACCUCGGGUCACGGGGAGCUGCGCCCAUCCCAGGCGCCCAUCCCAGGCGCCAUCGGGCAUCAAGGCAGGACACACCCCGGACGGAGUGCCAACCCAUCGCAGGGCACACACACACUCUCAUUCACUCACUCAUCCAGAGAUGCCAAUUAACCUACCAUGCAUGUCUUUGGACCACGGGAGGAAACUCCACACACACAAGGUGGAGGCGGGAAUCAAACCCCGACCCUGGAGGUGUGAGGCGAACGUGCUAAGCACUAAGCCACCGUGCCCCCUCAUUGCAUUUUAUCUUUUAUUUUAUUUCAUUUAUUGUUCCUUAUUAAAUUUAUUAUUCGAGAUUUCAUUUACAUCUCUCUAAAAUGUUUCUCACCAACAUACCAAUCACAAAGCUUCCUCUGUCCUUAAUGCAAGGAGUUGUGGGAAGAUUAAAUCUAUAGGAAACAGUAGGUACAUUUGGGAUUCUCAUUUUUAAACAUACUGCAAUCUGGGAAAAAAAAAAUAAUUUUCAUUUCAGAUAAUAAUUAUAAUGGAUAAUCAUGAUAAUAGGACAAGAUACAUAUCGAAGAUGGCAGGCUCCAAAUUAUUACAGCGAUCAGCUACACUGUUGAGUUUUGUUCAUGUUUCUAGAUGACCGUUCACAUUGUGUUUUACAUGUGCUGGAUGUGGUUAGAGGGACAUAUAUAUAUAUUACUCAGCUGUGAAAAAGAGCAAUGGGGCGAGUGAUGUCAUGUGAGACUGCUUAGUUUCAUCUUCCACCUAACCAUCAGAGCAGCGUUUCUCAGAAACAGUGCUGAAAUAUUUGCAGAUGUUAUUGGAUUUUUAUCCAAAUACAGUUUUGUCUGUGAAUCAGAUUAAUAGAAAGGAACAGAAAAGGAAAAGAGCUGAGACCUUCUGUAUAAACAAUCUGUACUGUGACAAAUGAUAGUGCCUUAAUGGUUUUCAAGAGUUAGUAUGCCAAUGACCAAAUACAGCUGUUCUGUGUCUUACCGUAAACAUUCAAACUUCUACAUAUUCAUCUCUUUUAAGCUUUACUCAAAUGGAAACAUAUUACAAAUCUUGUCUGUUUUGGUCUGAUCAAAAACAGGCAGAUCAAACAGAUUUAGUAAGAGAUUUGGUCUGAUAAGAUAAAGCAAGACUAAAUAAAUAAGGUUUUACUAAUAAUGUUUACAUUUGGACUUUGAGACAUGUCUGACAGGGAAACUAGUAUGAAAACCCCACACAUUCUCAAUGACACACACACAACCAGGUUCCCACAGCAUUUCACAACAUCCUUCAGCCAUUUCUUUAUGUGUGUGUGUGCGUGUGUGUGCGUGUGUGUAAUGGAAUAUAUUUCAUGCGCAAAUGGUGCGGAUGUUGUAAGUAGCGUUCUCAGUGAGCACUAAUGGCCUGAAAUACUUCAGUCAUGGAAAUCUAUGCGAGGUUUCUGAAGGUGUAAAAAAAUAUCCAGUAAUUGAAAUGAGCUCAUAUCUAAGAAUCCAAGAGAGAGAUUUGAAUCAAGUAUAAUAUAAAUAAACUCAGUGAGAUGCAGUAAGAAAGAAAAAAAAAAAAGGAUGUAGGUAGUGCCACUGUGCGUUAGGAAAGCAGAUGCUAAUUUGCAUACCCAUGAAACCAGAGAGUUUAUUUGAUGUUUAAUGAUUGUGUUUUUAUUUGCUAACGUAUGAGUUUGUUUGUUCUUUCCUUUAAUACGUUUUUUGGCCUACCAAUAAGCUCGGGUUGAAAGUGGGUUUACCAGUAA